CGGAGCCCACCGUGCCCGACCGCUGCUGCGCCGGGUGAGCGGCCCUGCCGCCGGGCCCGAACCGCCCCCCGAGCUCUGGGCGCUGCCGUCCCGGCCGCCGCAGGUGCCGCCGCUGCCGCUUCCCCGGGAGAGGAGUCGCUGAGGAGCCGGCUGAGAAGCGAUGCAGGAAGCCAUUGUGAUCACCGAGCAGCCAGUAUCCGUCUCCGUCCCCUUGGGAUACUCCUUCACCCUGCGGUGCAGAGCCGAGGGACAGACAUUGCUGCAAUACCAAUGGUUUUGUCAGUACCAGUCUGUCUGCAGCCAGAUUCCUGGUGCUACCAAGCAAGACUUGCCCAUCACUGCACAACAGUCCCAACUCUACACCUGCAGAAUCAACGACCUCUACAAAAAUGCCGUCUUCUCUGACUGGGUGAAGGUGGAGGUCCAUCAUUGUGUUGCCAGAGGACUGCCCCCUCGGCUCUGGCAAGGAGAACCAGUCAUCGUCCUCAACCCCACUGAGCAGAGGGUGGACGUGGGUAAGCCGCUGCAGCUGCAGUGUGCUGCCAUGGGGGUCCCAGCCCCCAGCUACCAGUGGUACCAGAAUGGGAACCUUCUAGAGCACCAGAAGAAAAAAAAACUCUGGGUAAUGUUGUCUUGGGGUAGUUCAGACACUUUGGCUGCUGAGAUCUCCCAUGCAAAGGUCAGUGACUCCGGCACAUACCUCUGCUGUGCCUCCAAUAGCCACGGCGAGCACUGGACCAAUGCAGUGGAUAUUCACGUAGGUACAUGUCACUCUGAAAAGUUUUUUGCUACAGGCAAGAUAGCACUUUUAGUGGGCAACAACCACUACCAGCAUCAUCCCAACCUCAUGGCUCCCGUCAUGGAUGUGUUUGAGCUGAGUCUCCUUCUGGAGCAGCUGGGCUUCCAGGUUGUCUCCCUUCUGGAUCUGAACAAGGCUGAGAUGGAGGCAGCAGUCAGUCGGUUCCUGGAGCUCCUGGGAAAAGGAGUCUAUGCUAUAUUCUACUAUGCUGGGCAUGGGUAUGAACAUUUGGGGAGGAACUACAUGGUCCCAGUUGAUGCUCCACAGCCCUACGCCCCUGAGAACUGCAUCAGCGUGCAGAGGAUCCUCCAGAGGAUGCAGCAGCAGCAGACAGCCCUGAACCUCAUCCUGCUGGACACCUGCAGGAAAUGGUACAACUCCGAGUGUGCCCUUUCACAGGUACAGCCACUGGAGCCCUGGGGCAAUACUGUUUAUGGAUACGCCACGAGCGAAGAUGCAGAAGCCUAUGAGUUGCAGGAUGGGGAGUUCAGCUCUGGGAUCUUCAUGAAAUACCUGAAGAAACAUAUUCUGCAAGAGAAGAAGGUUACACACAUGCUGGAGGAUGUGCUAGAAGAUGUUGGCCAGGAUCCCUUGGUUACUGGGAAGCAGGUGAUGGAGAUCAAGCAUACUUUGAAGGAAGCCCGGUCCCUGACGGAUCCGAUCUGUCCCUUGAGAGCCCAGGCCGAGCGCUGGGGGCACAGCCAUGAGCUGCUGAGCAAACUGGUGACCUUCCCCUGCGGGGCACGGGUGCAGCUGCGCUUCCACCGACUCUUCUCCAACCUAAUCUAUGUGUGUGCCAAGUUGCAGCACUCCCCGGCCCACAUCGCAGAUACCCGCCUCCUGCUCUGCCGACCCACUGAGAUGGACAGUGUGGCCAUCCCGAAAGAGAGCCAGUGGGACCAAGUCAAGUCUCUGCUCUCCUCUGUGUACAAGCAGGAGGAGCUGGACUGUGUCUUCCAGCUCUGUGGACUACAGAAAAUUCAGACAGACGUGGUCCUGCAGUUGGAUUUGUGUUACACCCAGCUGAGCACAAAGCAGAGGAUUUGUGAAAGCCUGCAGACAACCCUCCAGAGAUGUCUGCUAGGGCAGUUUUUCAGCCAGAUGGAUUACUCCCAGCCAAACUACUGGAGAACUCCUGCCUGUGCAGGUGGUGUGUGCCUCCGGGACGCAGUGGCACUGAGCAUGGAUCUGAAGGGACAAGCAUCAAUGAGGACAGGCUUUGGCCACAGCUUGCCCAGCAGCAACCCCUCCAACUCCAGCAGUGAGCCAGAGGAGAAUGAUGAGAGUGACCUGAGUGACCUCUGCUCAGCAUUGCUGCGGGCUGGCCCAAGGCAGGACUGCCCCUGACCCCAUGGGCUGACGUGCCCAACCUUAGGAACUAUUUUUAAUAGAGAUAACAGUUAUUUGAGUGCUAAAUACAUCAGAGGGAGAAUUCCAGUCUUGGCAACCGCCCUGUCCAAAUGAGGCCAAGGCUGCUUUCUUGGAAAGGAUUCUUGCAUCUGCGUGCUGUGGCAUGUGAAGCCCACUGGAAAUAACUCCAUCCCAUGGGAGAGGUGGGGAUCAGCAAGGAGUUGUUGUCACAUUUAGCAGAGGACAGGGCCACCCCACCAUUGCCAGGAACAGCAUGUAGCUUAAAGGGCACUGCCUGAUGCAUUCUGUGAAUUGUGCAUUGCCUGAAAGCCAGCAUGACAGCAUUAAACAUUAUGAGGAACCCAUAAACACUACAAACCUGUGGAGAGUAGUGAUGCAGCCUCAAAACCCAACUACAGCUGCCGGCUCUCAUCGCACUCAUGCAGGGGUCACAAGGCUUGAGCAAGGGAAGCAGAUGGAAUUAUGUGAACAUAUAAGCUCUCCCUUGGGGUUGCAGUGUGGUUUUCUUUUCUUGCAAGUCCUGCUUGUGCCAAAGCAGGUUUUAAGUUAUGCAUUUAUGUAUUUCUCAAUAAUGUAUUUAUACUUGGGGCAAGACAAUUGCUUUCCAGGAAAAGGAAGGUCAGAUAUUCUGUCAAGUGUGUGUUAACGGAGGCUGGUUUUCCACCAGUAGCAGCCACUAGGCAGGUAUGUGUCCCUUCCUAGCAUGGUACACAGGGGCGUUAAAGGGUGUUAAGUCCUGUGCAGUCCUGAGUUCCUCUCAGAUGCAGAAUUUCCUCCAUGCGAGAGAUGUUAAAAACAGGGUGGAGGAAGAAGAACCUCAAAAAAGUUA